AUGGAGCAUGGAUUCGUGAGCGAAGCGCGCCGCAAGUGGACGAACAUUCUCUUGUGUCAACCCAUCUAUCCAGGUCUGCAGGACUGCCGCGAAGCGCUCAUCCAGACGUUCUCUCAUCUGCCCUCAACCCCUCCGACUGCGGUUCCAGCCAAAGAGUGGGAUGAUGAAGUUGUCGGGCGUGUCGAAGGCAUGGAGAGCCAAGCAAAGGAGAUCGUGCUCCUUUACAGAACAGUAAUGGCCGGCAGUCCGCAACCAUUGCAGCAAUCGGCAUUCGCAUCUGGUGGCGAUGGCCAAUCUAGUGUCGAUCUGGUCCUGGCGCAUCUACAGCAGAGUGACGAGAAGCACCCGGACUCUUCGAAAACGAGCCAGUACAAAGCGCAUUGCCGCGGAGACGAAAUGCGCAUUGUUGCGAGCAAUGCUCAUCCUCCAGCGAUGGGACUCAUGGGCCCACCUCCCCAGCGGCAAGCCGGCUCGACACUUUCUCCUGCUACGAGGGGUUACAUCAUCAAGGGCACUGCUGAGAAUCGCAAACGCCGUACUUCUGAUGCUGGCAUGCCCCUGAGCAAGCGCAACUGCGAUCCUCGCCGCGGUGGGGCCUCGCCUGAGAGCUCUGGGACCGCCCUUCUUGCAUCUACGUCAGACAGCCGGCCUCCACCUACGACCGUCACUGCUGCUUCAGCUAGGUCUCUUCCGCCAACAUCUGUCCGAUCUGUCCGGGAUUCGGCCGCUCCUACAGCGAUCCCACUUCUCGGAGGAUCCCAGAUCGCCGGUCAAUACCGAUCAUCCCCAACUCCAUUGCGCAUCCUGAAACAGAUAUGCCCAUUUCAAGUCAAUGGUAAGAGGCUUGGCUUUUGUGAGAGUUUGAAGGAUGGGCCGGAGAGUGUCAAGCAAUACGCUUGUGGCAAGCAAUACCAUAUUUGCGAUCCCUGGUGGCGUAACAUCCUGAACAACGAUGGCACGGUGCCUCCGUGCUCUUUUGGAGGACAAGAUGGCAGUAUCCACAAGGACGAAGAGGGCGAAGAUGUUAUCCACGAGCGGGUGUCCUGCCGCCACUGGCUGGACGGCAAUUGCGAGUAUCGCACCAACGGAUGCGAUCAUGCUCACAAUCACCGGAAUUACCGCACAAGCAUCCGGAAACGCAGGGUACCGCAGUCGAUAUUGGAUGAUGUGAAGAACAAGUCUGCGAAGAAUAAGUCUGCUUGA